UUGAUUAUGAUUACUAGAUUUUGAUUCCUUUUCAAAACCAUCUAAUAUCGGAUGGAGUUUUACACGGUAUCAAAAUAUUUUCAGUGUCAUGGCUGGUUAGAUAUCGCGAUAUAUUUUGAAUAUAAAAGCAGAAAAGCUAAAAUGGCAGCCCCUCCGAAACACAGCAAAGAAUAUGGUCGACCUAAAGCGGGAUCCAGCACCGAGGCCCGCGGGAAAUCUGCAGGACUUCACAUUAGCAAGGAAGUGCUCGAUUUAUGCAAAGUAAUUCGCAACGUCGGACAAGCUCAACCGGACGGGACAGUGACGGUCACUUUUGGUAAACUAUUCAACGUGUAUGUAUCGAUAUCUAAUAAGCUGGUUGGUAUGCUUAUGAGGGCGAGGAAACAGGGUCUGGUUGAGUUUGAGGGAGAGAUGCUCUGGCAAAGACGAGAUGACCACAAGAUAAUAACACUUCUGAAGAUACCAGAAAACAUGACCACAGACUCGGAUGAAUACUGGAAUCUGAGAGCUAAAUAAUUCAUAUGCAUUCCUAGUUUUAUAAUGGUUUUAUUAUGAAAACUUUUAUAUAAACUUUUAACUUAUAAAAUUAUUUUUACAAAAUUUUAAAUUUAUAUAGAGUGGUUUUCAUUAACCCGUGAAACAAAGUGUAAUAGUCAAAGCAUAAUUAUCAGUAAAUCAGAUAAGAGAACAAUAGAAUCAGAUCACAAUAAAGUGUAAUGUGCUAAAGUGUAGUUCACAGGUUUAUGAAAAUCACUUUAUACAACUAGAUGACUCAAAGUACAUUGUAUCAUACCAGGUUAGAUGGAAUAAUGGGCUUCUUCUAUUGUUCAUUUUCUUAGAAACUUUACCUUAAAAACAUUACUUUCAAAAUUUAAAUUAAAUUGCUCAAAAAUAGUUUUUUCUUUGUUUGUAUAGUGUAAUAUAUAUUUAUAGAGGAAUAUUAGUCAACUCAAGGGCACAAGGACUACAGAGUUUAAUGCUAUAAAAAUACUUAUGUUUAUUUGAUGACAACUUCAGCUGAAAAGUGAAUAAAUAGACUCAGUGUCCAAAGCUAUGCUAAUCGAUGUAUUAGGGGUGUACUUUGUUGAGUACUGUUUUGCAGCACCAUGAUGCCUGCUUUAGCCACUUGUGUAUACUUCCCAGAUUAGCUAGGGGUAUGAAAAACAUGGAAACAGGACAGUUGAGAGAAAUAUAAUAAAGUCUCGGAAAGUAAAAAAAA